AUGCCGAAGGAGAGUCCCGCGCCGCACAUUGGCUUUAAGGCAGCUCCCCGCGUGCUCCUCCCCAAGCCUCGCGACACCGUCGCCAUCAACCGCCUUGCGAUCCUCCUCAUGUGGUUACCCGUUUUCGCCAUCCUGCUCGUGAUUCUCGGCGGAGCGUCCGAGCGUCUCCCCGUGUGGGACUCGGGUCUGCUUGAUGACGUGGACGAGCAGCUGACGCGGCGAGCGCUCGCGCAGCUGGAUAAGGAUGAUGAGCUGGCAGCCGUCGGGAGGACGCAUGUCGUGGCUCCUAAGAUCGCGUUCCUGUUCAUCGUGCGAGGCGCGCUACCGCUCGCGCCUGUUUGGGAGAGAUUCUUCAAAAGCCACCAGGGGCGGUACUCGGUGCACGUGCAUGUGUCAACUCCCAACUUCACUCUCGAUGACGUGGUCCACUCGCCCAGCUUCAAGGGCACUCAGGUGCCGGGAGUGCGGAUCUCAUGGGGCGGGCCGAAUUUGAUUCGAGCAGAGAAACGACUUCUGGCUGCCGCCCUCGAGGAUCCGGGGAACCAGCGAUUCGUGCUUGUGUCGGACAAGUGUCUCCCCAUCUUCAACUUCACCUACGUGUGGGACUACCUGUUCGCCACCAACGUCAGCUUCAUCACCAGCUAUGAGAGCGGGUGGAGGUGGGUGUUCACAAUGGCUCCAACGAUCAAGCGGCACCAGUUCAGAAAGGGGUCGCAGUGGUUUUCUCUAACUCGUGCCCAUGCAGCCCUCAUUGUGAGGGACCGGAAGUACUAUGACCUCUUCGUAGAGACCUUCUCUGAGAUCCCUGAUGAAAGCUACAUCCAAACAGUUCUUGCGAUUGAAGACCCUGAGAAUGUGGACACGCGGAGUGUGCUGUAUGUGCACUGGGGCGGGGCGAUUUCACGGCACCCUGCUUCAUACACCCCGGAAGAAAUCAAUCCUGAUUUUAUCCGCAAAAUACAGGUCGAGGGAAAGCGCGUCAUCACUGUGGAUGAUGUCAAGACAGUGCCGAUGGAUUUCCGGUUCCCUACAGCGAACCAGGCGAAGCACUGCUUCACCUGCUACAACGAGUUCCACAAGUGCAUUGCUGAGAAGGGCGAGGGCGCCUCAGAGUGUCAGAAGUUUGCCAAGGCCUACCGGACGUUGUGCCCUGCUGAGUGGGUUGACAAGUGGAACGAGGACAGGGAACAGGGUAUCUUCGUGGGACGUUACUAA